CGUCCCCGCAGCAGCCGUCGCUCCCGCAGCAGGCGCAGGCAGCAGCCGGAACGUGGCGGUUCCUUCGGCCAAAGCAGCUUGAGCAUCCUCCAUACGCAGACAGCAUUGGAUACGGCAGCUGCAUCCCAUCGCCUUGGGGGUUGAGAUUAGCGGAGGUGGCCAGGGAGGGCCCCUCGGUGGAGCAGAGAUGCUGCCCUGGCGCCGGAGCAAGUUUGUGCUGGUGGAAAAUGAACGUAAGUGCAAAGGGAAGAGCCUGGGGCCAGGAUUGAGCUACGCCGCGUUGCUGGCAGGCUUCCUACGCUCCUGUCCGGACCUUCUGCCCGACUGCCCACUUGAACGGCUGGGCAGUGUCUUUCGUGGCAAACGCCAGAAAGUGGAGCUGAACAAGGAGGAUCCGACAUACACGGUGCGGUACCUGGGAAAUGCCGUCACCCUGCAUGCCAAGGGUGAGGGCUGCACGGAGGAGGCGGUGGGCAAAAUCUGGGCUAAGAGUGAUGCAGGGGCUGGUGGAGCCAAGAUGAAGCUGACGUUGGGACCCCAAGGCAUCCGUAUGACGCCCUGCGAGAAGGGAGCCCGCCGGCCGGGCCACGCGUACCUCCUACACCGCAUCACCUACUGCGCCGCCGACCGCCGGCAUCCCAAAGUCUUCGCUUGGGUUUACCGGCACCAGGUGAAGAACAAGGCGGUGGUGCUGCGCUGCCACGCCGUCCUGGUCUCCAAAGCCGACAAGGCACGCGCCAUGGCCCUGCUCCUCUACCAGACCUCCGCCUCCGCCUUCAACGAGUUCAAGCGCUUCAAGAGGCAGAACGAUUUCCGCCACAUCCAACAGCAGCUCCUUGGAGAUGCCAUCGUCCCCUUGGUCCCUCUCCGCCGCCUGCUCAAUGCCAAGUGUCCCUACCGCCCACCCGCCGAGAGGACCCGCUGCGCUCCACGUCUCAGCUCCAUCAUGGAAGAGGAGGAGGAGGAGGCCUUUGGCACUGGGACACCUCACGGGGACGGCGGUCCUGCUGCCGUGUUGCAUCUGGCCAGGGAGAUGCGGGGGUGCAGCUUGCGUGGCCCCCGACCCCCGGUGCUCUGAGCAGCGGCGCAUCACCCCAUUUUGGGGAUGGGGUGCCUUCCUCACUCCCCAAGCUGAAGUUGGACACUGCUUGGGGACAAAUCUGGAUGAGACGGCAGCUUCAUUUGCAAGGAAGUCCCUUGGCGGGGGUGGGUAUUGUACCCCAAGAUCCCCCUCGCACAUGAACCUGCUCUCGUGCCUCCUCUGCAGCAGCCAUAAUAAAGU